UCAUGCCUCUAGCAUCAGAGCAUAACCAAAAAAUGUGCAGUUCCAAGAAUUAAUUUAAUCAACAGAACUGAUUUGAAGCUUAGAUGCAAAACAAAAUAUAACUAUAAAUAUCAAAUCAUUUUUGUCAGAAUCUCACGCUCUUCAAACCUUUCUAGAGUAACUUUAGUUAACUUUUACAGUAAUUUGAUUGUUUUGUGUUGAGGCCAUAACAUGCAGUCCCUCUUCCUCACAGCACUCCUUAGCUCAAUCGUCAUAGUUUUGGCACUACCAGAAUGGAACGAACAAAGAGGGGAAGUGCCACUGGAAUCAAGGAGAGCAGUGAAUGCAUGCGGAGACGUCAAGUGCCACUUCGGAGGUUACGUCAUCCAAAGAGGACAAGAGUCAACAUGUUUUUGCUACAAGGGUCCAGGAGAGGUCUGCGGAGGACACGACAACAACUUUGUCUGCGAGACUGGACUCGAAUGCAAUUCAUGCGGCAUCUGCGUAGGAUGCGCAAACAAAAUAUCUUAUGGCUUCAUGUGCUACGACGAUGACAACAGCUGCAUGUAGGCUGUACGCAAUAUCACCACACUUGGCAUGCUCUAUUCUGGAUCGAACCACCGACUUAAACCACAUUCCCAAUUUACCUAAACAAACAUUUCCAGGAGAAAAUUGCUUUAGCAAAAAAUUGACGCCAAUUCUAGGCUAAAUGCAAUAACACCACACCUGGCAUGUUCGAUUCUGGAUCGACCCAAACCACAUUCCCAAUCUACCUGAACUACCAACUCUACUAGAAGAAAAUUGCUUUAACAGAAAAUUGACGCCUAUAGAAUCAAUAAUGUUAUUCUUAACGAGAAUUUCCAUUUUACAAUUAUUUUUGCUUAGUAAUACAAUUAGUGCAUAGAAAAUCUGAUUUUCUUUCUACAACAUGUCCUGAAACUCAUUCAAGUUACCUUUUUCUUUGUUCGUUAAAAAAAUUACAAAUUUAUGUUUUCAUGUCAAGUUUUACAAUAAUUCCUCUCUCUCAAUGUUUUAGAUUUAGUUGAACAGUAAUAGAAAUGUCUUAUUUGUAAAAUGCAAGCCGAAUAAAUUCCUCGCUCGUAUAUUAAUCUUGUAAACUAUCUUCAUAAUAAUUAUUGUUGUACGGUAUGUUAUUUUUUCAUGACUGUGUUGAAACUCGCUAUAUAAUUAUAUUGUUUCUAGCUGUUAAUAAUAAAUUCAAUGUGCAGUGAUAAUUAAGUGUAAUAUUUUACUUUCGUUUGGUGUUUUAAUUCUUCUAAAUUUAAAAGUUGCAUCUUAUAGAUUUAUUUUUGGACGAAGAUUGAGCUUGAACUAUUCACACUAGAAACAUAACCUAUUUUUAUGGACAUUGUAACAUUAUCAAAAUUUUGGAAUGGAAUAGUUUUGGGCUAAGCCUGUUGUUCCUACCCAAUCAUAUUAUUUUAUAUGAUUUGUAAUAUUGUAUCCACGAAUAAAUAAAUAAAUCCCAAUUUUAUCCGUGGUUUAAGUUUAUUUGAUGGUGUAAAAUGUAAUUCAAGUUGUUGACUGAAUAACAUUAUUGGAAAGAAUUGAUGUUUAGCAUAACUUUUCAUGUAGGAUGUGUUCUGAAUUGAACCAAAUAUAUAAACUUCACCUGAG